AUGAAGAGAUUUUGUCUUUUCAUCAACCAUCUAUCGCAUAUCAAUAUAGAAGAAGAUAUCGAGAUCAUUUUCGGAUCAGAUAUACUUCAAGAGUUAGAGAUGAAGAUAGAAAUAAGAAAUAAGAAGUGGUAUUUAGAGUUCAAUGGAGUAGAGAUAGUAGUAGUAAAUCAGAAAGUAGAUAAAGAAAUAGUAGUAGAUAGUAAAGUAAAUAAUAAUAAUGAGAAAGAGAUAUUAGAGGAAGUAAGAGAGUUAAUAGUUAAAGAAGAUUUAGAGGGAUUGGAGAAGAGGAUGGUGGAAAUCUUUAGUGAUGUUAUAGUAGAGAAACCGCCAAACUUCAAAAUCAUGGAAAGAGAUAAUGAUAUCAUUCAUAAGAUUGUGUUGAAGAAAGAUGCUGUGGUGAAGAAACAACAUCAGUUCAGACGAUCUUACAAGGAAGAGAUGGAUAUACAGAUGAAAGUAGACGAGUUAGAAGAGUUAGGAAUAGUAGAGAAAGUACCAGAAGAGUUUUUAGAUCAAGUAGUAGAAUCACCAAUAUUUGCAGUUUAUAAGAAUAAUGUGUUUGAUAGAUUAAUGGAUUUGGAGUCAAGGAAAUAUACAGCAUUCAGGACCCGUAAAGGCAUUUACUGGUAUUUACGUAUGGCUAUGGGUUUGAAUGGAGCACCAGCAAGAUUCGCAGAGUUUAUCGAAGAGAAUUUUAGUGACAUAGUAAAAAAUUAUUUCGAUGAUCUCAUUAGUGGCGAUGUGACGUUAGAAGAGAAUGUAGUUAGAGUAAUCAGAAUGUUGAUUAGAUGUAGAGAGACAAAUAUAUUUAAAUUAGAGAUAGAAAUAUUAGGUAGAACAAUAAGAGAGAAUAUCAUUAAUAGUAGUAGUAAGAAGACAGAGAUACUGGAUAGAAUGGAGUAUCCAACAACACCAAAACAAGUACAGCGAACUUUGGGAUUUUUUAAUUAUUAUCGAAAGUUUGUUGACAAGUUUGUUGAAAAGACCAAACACUUAGAAGAACUUAGAGUUUUCAAGACAGAUUUCGAAAUAAAUGACGAAGCAAAGAGAGAAUUCGAUUUAUUGCGAAAAGAGUUGAAAAAUACAGUAGAUCUAAUGUUGCCGGAUCCAACAAAGGAGUACUUUGUUUAUACAGAUGCAAGCGAUAUCGGUAUAAGCGUGGUGAUCUGUCAGAAAGAUGAGAAAGGAGUGUUGAAACCAGUGUUGUUCAGUGGAAGAAGGCUGAAACCAGGAGAGCAGAUCAAGUCGAUUGGCGCACGUGAACUGUUGGCAAUCAAAUACUUUUUGAAGAAACAUUCAGAUAUUUUGUUAGGACCAAAGUUAAAUAUAUACACAGAUCAUUUCAAUCUCUUGUAUUUGAAAGAUCAAGCAAUCUUGACGAAGGAUCAGCUCAAGGCAUUGGAAGUGUUGUCGCAAUUCAACUAUGAAAUCAAUCACAUUGAAGGAAAGAACAACGUGGGAGCAGAUGUGCUGUCUAGACUUCAGUGUUACCAGAUACCAUUGGAUUUCAGUUACUUGGACGAGAUUAAGAACAGUUAUAAGUCAAGUAAGGAUGUCGAAUUGGUAAAGUUACGUCACAAGGAAUCAUGGAGAGAAAGUAAUGGAUUAAUUUUUAUCUUGGAUAAGAAUUUCAAUGAAAGAUUACUUUUGGUAGAUGAAAAGCAUAUUAAAGAAAUAGCAGAAGGAGUUGGUGUGGAUAUUUCGAUGGAUUUCAUGGAAUUACCAAAGAGCGUUAAUGGUUAUGAUUAUGUUUUGGUAGUGGUGGAUCGAUUUUCGAAAUAUACAACUAUCAUUCCAACUACGAAGGAAAUCACAGCAUUGGGUACAGCAAAGUUAAUUCAUCAACAUGUGUUCUCAUUGUUUGGAUUGCCGUUAUCAAUUGUAAGCGAUCGUGAUACUCGCUUUACAAGUGAACUGUGGUUAGAACUCUUUAAGAAAGUAGGAUCAAAACUAAGAAUGUCCGUACCUAGACAUCCGCAAUCAGAUGGCCAGAGCGAGCGCACUAAUAGGAGAAUCAGAUCUAUGCUCAGGAAGCUAUCGUUGGAGUUCAAAGACAAGUGGGAUGAAGAAAUUAAGAAUAUUCAAUUCGCGAUCAAUUCAACCUAUAAUUCAACAAUCAAACUAUCACCUUUCGAAGUAGUGCUGGGAUACAUUCCUGUAUCGCCAAUUAACAUGUUUAGAAACAAUAAUACAUCGAAUAGAGAAUGGAUCAGAGAGAUGGUCAAAGACAGUUUGUUGGAUAAACAAUUAGAUAUGUUGGAAGCAGAUGGAACCAUCAAGAACAAACCGACUUAUCAGAUUGGAGAUUGGAUGUUUGUCAAAGAUGAAUUUAUCAAUUUAGAAGUUGAUUGGAACACAAACACAGGAUCAAUUAAUAAUAAGAAUCGUGGACCGUUCAAGAUCACCAAGAUAUUCAAUAAUGGUAUCAACGUAGAACUAGAAUUGGAUUACACAACAAAGCGACACAAAGUUUUCAAUAUUAAUCAAUUAGUACAGUUCAAGUUAAACAAAGACAAUGAAUCAUUAGUUAAAGGUAUUGAACCAGAUAUCAUUGACAAUGAAGAAGAGUUUGAAAUAGAACAAAUCAUUGGAGAUCGAAUGUACAGAAAGAAGAAGCAGUAUCAAAUCAAAUGGCUUGGCUAUCCUUUAGACAAAGCUACAUGGCAAUACUCAAAGAACAUGGAUCAUGCUAAAGAUCUUAUUAAAGAAUAUGAAAACAACAAGAAACAACAAAUCCAAUCAAAGAAGAAGAAUUCAUGUAUCACCAGAGCCGGUGAAAAGUUUAGAAUCGAUAAUAAUAGAAUGAGAAGUGGAAAUGAAGAUGGUCCAUUACAUGAUUUACCAGAUUUUCAUUAUGCAGAUGGUAGACCAGCACCAGUAACACCAAAACAAAUGAAAUGGCAAACAGUUAGAGCAAACAGAGAGAAUAUUAUCAACGAAUUGAAGAAAGAAGUCAUCGCAGAACAAAGUAUGGUAACAAUGCAAAUCGAUGCAUUCAAAGAAAAGAUUGAUCAAAAGAUUGCCGAGAAGAAACAAAAGAAGGUUCAAAUGGAGAAAUUAUUUAAAGAAAAGAAUGAAAAUACACCAAAACAAUAA